CGUCCCAGCAUGUCUAAGAAGACGGAGCUGCCCUUCCGGCUGGACACCCAGCUAACGGAGGUGAUGCGCCUGCGGGUCCAGUCCCUGCAGCAGCGCAGCCAGAAGAGGCAGGAGGGCGAGCGCCUGCUGCAGCCCAACGAGGCCGUGUACCGGCUGGAUUUCUCCCAGCAGUCCCUCCGGUUCUCCCACUGGACGGUGCAGCUGGCGCAGCCGGGGCGCCUCACCGUCACCGCCACCUCGCAGCUCUGGACGCCCGAUCUCACCCACCUGAUGACGCGGCAGCUGCUGGAGCCCGCCGGGGUCUUCUGGAGGGAGCUGGGCGACGCCUCCGAUGCACCCGUCCACUCCUACGAAGCCGACACGGCCGAGUUCGGCGAGAGGAUCGCCGAGCUGGCUAAGGUGAGGAAGGUGAUGUACUUCCUGUUUGCAUUCGCGGAGGGCUGCAGCCCGGAGACCGUCGACUGCUCCAUCACCUUCACUGCAGACAGCUGAGACUCCGACAGCGUAAAUAAACCUCCUGUCGUGUGCUUAUGUCAUUUUAAA